GGGAUACCACUGCUUCCAAAUGUAUUAAUUCCAUAUGUAUAUUAAUAUGUACAUUAAUUCAUUCUGCAAAUACCUGUGUAGUGCCUAAUGUGUCCUUAGCACUGCUCUAGGCUCUGGACAGGGCAAGAAGCAAGAUUCGUUCCUCCUUGACCUCCUCAGCCCAUAGUCUAGUGGUCAAGAUGGAAAAAACAAGAGUCACACCAAGUGUGUAGGCUCACACUCUGGUAGGAGGGCCUCCACCCUGGAAGCCCUGUGCCCCUGCCUCCCCAGAUGUUCGCCUUCUCUGUGUGCUGGUCGGAUGAUAGCGACAGCUUCGUACGCAGAAGCUGGGAGGACUUCAGGAGACUCCACAAAACCCUCAAGGAGACCUUCCCAGUGGAGGCGGGCCUGUUGCGGAGAUCUGACCGCCUUCUCCCCAAGCUCCCAGCCGACGCACCCUGGCUGGUGCACCGAGGCCGCACCAGCCGAGGCCUGGCCCGCCUGCAGCUGCUGGAGGCCUACCUGAGGGCGCUGCUGGCGGCAGGGGAGCAUGUGUCCCGCAGCCUGGUGCUCACUGGCUUCCUCGCGCCACAAGCUGCGGACUUGGAGCCUAUGCUGCCACCUGGCAGCCUGGUGAUCCUGCCCGCCCUGCAAGAGUCCCCGCCAGGCCCCUCAGGCAGCCCUGCCAUCCGCACCCUGGAGGCCCAGAGCCUGCGCUGCCUGCAGCCGUUCAGCACCCAGGACAUGCGGGGCCAGCCCUUCUGCACUCAGGCCCAGGAGGCCCUGGAUGUGCUGCUACGACACCCCUCAGGCUGGUGGCUGGUGGCGAACAAGGACCAGCAGACGGCGUGGUUUCCUGCUCCCUACUUGGAGGAGGCGGCCCCACACCGGGGACAGGGUGGGGAACAGCCCCUGGGGAUAAGCGGGCCCCAGUUCUGUGCUGUCCAUGCCUAUGAGAGCAGCCGGGCUGAUGAGCUGUCUGUGCCCGCAGGGGCACGCGUGCGUGUGCUGGAAGCCUCUGACCGAGGCUGGUGGCUGUGCAGGUUCCGAGGCCGCACCGGUCUUCUCCCAGCUGCAACGCUGCAGCGUGAUGGGCUGGGCACCCUCCUCAGUGGGCCAUGGCUCCACCACGGGGCUGGCACUGCGGAAGGUGGGGAGGGCAAGGCCCAUGGCUCCCCCAGGUCCCCCCAGGCCGCAAUGCUUCCGCCUCCUGUGCCUACCCGGCCGCCUCUGAGCGCUAUUCAAAGCCGCUGCUGCACCAUCACCCGUAAGGCACUGCAGCGGGACCCGGGGCGGCAGGGAGCCCUCUGAGAGAGCGCGGUCCAUCGUGGAGGGUGAUGCUGUGCACCCCAGGGACCACCCCAGGCUCCAGAGCCCAGGGACGACCGCUGGCAGCCGCCUCAGCCUCAGGGCCGUGGGAAGAGCAGUGGAGGUGGGGCUUGCUGGGCCAUGCACCCCUGGUGUGCCCUGAGUAAAGCUCUCCUGACUGAC